AUGCCUUUGCGUGGAACCGACCACACCGAGGAUGUUCGGAGUGACGCAGCCUACUUCAAGACACUUGCGGAUCUGGACGACUGGGCCACUAAACCUCAUGCUGGUCUAGACGGUGUAUUGCCCUACAUAGCGCGCCCACUGGUCGGAACGGAUGCUUCAUCUCAGAACAGAGGCAAACUUCUGGUGUGCCAUGACUACAAGGGUGGCUAUACUGAAACACCCUCGGGGCUCGCCUAUACAUUCAACUUUUGGUCCUACUGCGAUACGUUCAUUUAUUUUUCGCACCAUCGGGUGACGGUACCUCCGGCAGGAUGGAUUAACGCUGCCCACAGGCAGGGUGUGAAGAUGCUCGGGACUCUGAUAUUUGAACACGACGCUGGGCAGCAGGAUUGCUUGCGGGUCCUUGUCGGACACCUGCCGCAGUCGAACACGGGGCCAGCUGCUCCAUCUGCGGACAGCUCAUUUCCCUUGUCGCCACAUUACGCGAAGCUCCUCGCUGAGUUGGCACAUCAACGAGGAUUCGAUGGCUACCUCCUCAAUGUGGAAGUUCCUCUGAUUGGUCGCAUCGAGCAGGCUAGGGCUCUCGCAGCGUGGAUCUCCAUACUAGACAGCGAGCUCAAGCGGAGGAUUGGCUCGCACGCUGAGACUAUCUGGUACGAUAGCGUUGUCGUCACGGGCGAUCUGCGCUGGCAAGACAGGCUGAACAACUACAACCUGCCAUUCUUCCUUCCGUCGUCUGGUUUCUUCACGAACUACACAUGGCGGCCCAACUAUCCGUCCCUCACAGCGCAAUACUUCUUCAGCCUAGAUCCCGCCUUGAUGACCGUCCCCAAAACACUCCAGGACAUCUACGUCGGCAUCGACGUCUGGGGCCGCGGCCAACACGGUGGAGGCGGAUUCGGGUCUUACCGAUCCCUUGCGCACAUCGACCCAGAGUUCCUAGGACUCAGCGUCGCCUUCUUUGGGCCCGGCUGGUCCUGGGAGACCGAGCAGGACAAGCCUGGCUUUUCCUGGGAGACGUGGUGGGCGUACGAGCGCAAGCUUUGGAUCGGGCCCGAGACGGAAGGCGAGGCCGUAGAAGUCCCUCCACACAAUCCCCGUGCGGGCGAGCCGGACUGCCAGCACGGCGAGUUCACCCCCGUCUCUGCGUUCUUCCCUCGACAGGCCCCGCCCAACCCCAGGGAGCUGCCGUUCUUAACAUACUUCUCGCCGGGCAUCGGGUACGCUUGGUUUGUGCAGGGGAAGAAAGCGUACGUAACCACAGCUGGUUGGACAGAUCUCGACAAGACAACGACACUAGGUGACCUUGUAUGGCCACGGCCCUCGCCGCAAUGGAUCGAUUCCCAAGAAGCGCUGCCAGUGCCUGCGACGUCGACCUCGCUCUGCUUGACGGACGCGUGGCUUGGUGGUAGCUCGUCAACGGUGAGU